AGGCUUGUUGGUGUAAGUCUGCCACGGUUGUGCAGGUGAUUCUGCGACACAUUGCGCCGGACCGUUCGAGCGACGAGCGGGAGGGGAAGAUCUAGCCUGAUCCGAUCCCAGCCAUCCAUUACCACGCGAGCCUACAAAUUUCCUCCAUUUUGAGUUCUCCCCUCUCAUGACCAAGACGAGGCUAUCCGAAUAUCCCCAGGAGAUAUUGCGGAUGACGGAUGACCACAGACUUCUCCUCUGUCUGGCAGGCCGUCGUUGUGCUCUGCCGACACGAUGUCGCCCUCGAUUCUGCGGCCGUCUCUGGCUGCUGGCCAAGUACUUUCCCGCCCCUCUGAGUCCCUUGUGAGGGGCGCCCUAUUGCGAGUUUUAGACUCGCCGCCAAUCACUAGAGUCGCGGUUACAUGCCAAAAGCAAUGGCACAGCACCCGAGUGAGGAAGCCAACCGUGUUGCCCGCCAUCGCUAAGUGCGACCGGGCUCACCAAAACGCGGCGCCAGUCACGAUUCCCACGACAGCAUAUUCGACUGCUGCCGAGACUCCCUCACGGCCCUAUGCAGAUCUCACUGUCGGGGUACCGCGUGAGACCUUUGCCAACGAGCGGCGAGUCGCUAUCUCACCGCAGAAUGUCGCCCUCUUGAAAAAGAAGGGCUUCGGAAGGGUCAUCGUCGAGCGAGGUGCCGGUGCGCAGGCAGACUUCCUUGAUGAGGCUUACGACAAGGCCGGGGCCGAACUGGUCGACGCCGGCGGAGUGUGGUCCGCCGCCGACAUUGUGCUCAAGGUCCGUGGACCGAACCUCACUGAGAUCGACCGGCUGAAGGAGGGCGCGACAAUCAUAUCGUUCCUCCAACCGGCCCAAAACAGGGACAUUGUCCAGCGUCUCGCCGCCCGAAAGGUGACAGCGUUUGCGAUGGACAUGAUCCCGCGUAUCUCACGUGCGCAGGUGUUUGAUGCCCUCAGCUCAAUGGCCAACAUUGCUGGCUACAAAGCUGUGCUGGAAGCUUCCAACGUCUUCGGGCGGUUUUUAACAGGCCAAGUUACCGCCGCGGGCAAGAUUCCUCCCACCAAAGUCCUCGUCAUUGGUGCUGGCGUGGCCGGGUUGAGCGCGAUUGCGACGGCGCGCCGCAUGGGAGCAAUUGUUCGCGGAUUUGACACACGAUCAGCUGCUCGGGAGCAGGUCCAGUCCCUCGGAGCUGAAUUCGUCGAGGUCGAAAUCCAAGAGGACGGUUCAGGUGCCGGAGGCUAUGCGAAGGAGAUGUCACCAGAAUUCAUUGCCGCUGAGAUGAAGCUCUUCACCGAGCAAGCCCGCGAUGUUGACAUCAUCAUAACCACUGCGCUAAUUCCUGGCAAGCCUGCGCCCAAACUCAUUACGAAGCAGAUGGUUGAGAUAAUGAAACCUGGCUCAGUCAUCGUUGACCUAGCUGCUGAAGCUGGUGGCAAUUGUGAGAAGACCGAACCUGGCAAGCUUGUCAAUUAUAAGGACGUGAAAAUCAUCGGUUACACUGAUCUUCCCUCGAGGCUCCCUACCCAAUCAUCGACCCUGUACUCGAAUAACAUCGUCAAGUUCCUUCUGUCCAUGGCCCCCCAGGAGAAAUCAUUCGGUGUUGACCUCUCUGACGAGGUGGUUCGCGGCGCGAUUGUAACACUCAAGGGGGACAUCCUACCUCCAGCCUCGCGACCUGCACCCCCGCCAGCUCCAGCAGCCAAGCCAGCAGUGAAAGAAGCGGAAGUCGUUGCACUUUCGCCCUUUCAGAAGACUUCCCGCGAAGUCGCUGGAGUUGCGGCUGGGAUGGGUUCUGUCCUUGCUCUUGGCAAACUGACUGGUCCUAUGUUCAUGGGCAACGCAUUCACUUUUGCUUUGGCUUCGCUGAUCGGUUACAGGGUGGUUUGGGGUGUCCAACCCGCCCUACACUCCCCCCUGAUGAGUGUUACCAAUGCUAUUUCUGGAAUGGUUGGCAUUGGUGGAUUCUUCGUGAUGGGCGGUGGCUAUCUACCCGAUACAUUCCCGCAAACACUUGGGGCAGCGUCCGUUCUUCUUGCUUUUGUGAAUGUCUCGGGUGGCUUUGUUAUUACCAAGCGAAUGCUGCACAUGUUCAAGCGCCCUACCGACCCCCCAGAGUAUCCCUGGCUCUACGCUAUCCCUGGUGUUUUAUUCGGCGGUGGAUUCCUGGCAGCUGCCUCAACAGGUGCUGCUGGUCUUGUCCAAGCCGGCUACCUGGUCAGCUCAGUGCUUUGCAUUAGUUCCAUCUCGAGUCUGGCAUCGCAAGCCACAGCUCGUAUGGGCAACUUUAUGGGAAUCCUCGGCGUUGGCUCCGGUGUUCUCGCAUCCUUGCUUGCCGUCGGCUUCUCUCCUGAAGUCCUCGCCCAGUUCGGUGGCCUCGCUGCCAUUGGCAGUAUUGCGGGCUUCCUUAUUGGAAAGCGCAUCACGCCCACUGAUCUCCCACAGACUGUUGCAGCCCUUCACUCGGUUGUGGGCCUGGCUGCCGUGCUCACAAGCAUAGGCAGUGUUAUGGGCCAUCUGCCCGACGUCUCUACACUUCAUCUUGUGACUGCGUAUCUAGGUGUCUUGAUUGGUGGCAUUACAUUCACCGGAUCAAUUGUCGCCUUCAUGAAACUGGCAGGCAGGAUGUCCUCUCGACCGCUGUAUCUUCCUGGCCGCCACUUCAUCAACUCGGGCAUGUUCGCCACCAACGUGGCCACCAUGGGGGCUUUCGUUACCAUGGCUCCCGGCUCGCCCAUGAUCGCUGCUGUUGCUCUGAGCGCAAACACAAUCCUCUCAUUCGCAAAGGGCUUCACCACGACGGCUGCCAUUGGAGGAGCUGACAUGCCCGUCGUUAUUACCGUGUUGAAUGCAUACAGCGGCUUUGCCCUGGUGGCCGAAGGCUUCAUGCUUGAAAAUCCGCUUCUAACGACAGUGGGCGCAUUGAUCGGAGUCUCCGGUUCCAUUCUCUCCUACGUAAUGUGCGUGGCAAUGAAUCGAUCUCUGACCAACGUCCUUUUCGGCGGUAUAGCUGCACCGACGGCAAGCGAAUACAAGAUUGAGGGCUCGGUAACUCAGACCAAUAUCGAAGACACAGCUGACGCGCUCACUACUGCGGAGAGCGUCAUCAUUGUCGUGGGUUAUGGCAUGGCCGUUGCCAAGGCACAGUAUGCCAUCAGCGAGAUUACCAGCACUUUGCGUGCAAAAGGCAUCAAUGUCCGCUUCGCCAUCCACCCCGUUGCCGGACGCAUGCCUGGCCAGUGUAACGUGCUCCUCGCCGAGGCAAGCGUGCCAUACGACAUCGUUCUGGAAAUGGAAGAGAUCAAUGAUGACUUCUCGGAAACCGAUCUUGUUCUUGUCAUUGGAGCUAAUGACACGGUCAAUCCCAUCGCACUGGAGCCGGGGAGUCCCAUCGCGGGUAUGCCCGUGCUGCAUGCGUGGAAGUCCAAGCAGGUUAUCGUGAUGAAGCGCGGUAUGGCUAGUGGCUACGCUGAUGUGCCAAACCCCAUGUUUUACAUGCCGGGGACCAAGAUGCUGUUCGGCGAUGCUAAAAUUACUUGUGAUGGUAUGUUGUCGUUCUUUGAAUGUAAGCGCCAAAGCCACUUGUACUGACUCGAACACAGCCAUUAAAUCCGCCAUCGAAUCUCGAACCUAGAAUUAGAGAUCUGUCCUAGAUCUUCUUGGAUAUAUUGCUCCUAGAUUCUACAUCG